AUGAACGCCGGCGCGUCCUAUACCUUGCUCGGCAUGACGGAGAGGUUGUGCAUGAAUCUCGGGCUCCAUGUUGAAUCCACCCAGUACUCGGGAAAUCAGCAGGAUGUCCGGAGGAGGAUCUGGUGGGCUAUGGCCUUCCAGAACAGUCAUUUUUCGCUCGCAUAUGACCGUCCAUCGAUCACGAUGGUCAGUCAACCGGAGAUUCCCUUCCAUCGGAAGUCCAUGCCCGGGUAUCGAUCCUAUUUUGAAACAUUAUGCCGUGUAAUCCAAUUGUCCCUCGACGUGCUGCGGGGACGGAUGACGCCACCCCAUCCACGGGGGAAGUACCAUGAGAUCCGUGAAUAUCAACAACGGAUGCAGCGGAUCCUCGGGGAAGCGGUGCCUCAUCUUCGUCAUCGCGAGAAGUGUACGACUCUUGCGGAUCAUAUCGAGCGGUCGGAACUGCAGCUCCACUCAUCGUAUGUCAUCUCCGUGCUGUGCCGAUCGGCGUUAGACUCUUCCACCUCACAUCUGCAGUCGGAACGGCAGGUGGCGAUCCGGGAGGAUUGUAUUGCGAGCUUGAUCAGCACGAUCGAAGCGUUCGUAGAGCUGCACUCGAUCAACACACAUUGUUCGCGGUCGUGGAUCAGUCUGCAGCGGACCAUCGCAUCGGCCUUUCUGCUGGUGGCCAACGAGCACGGCCAAUCGCAUCCCCGAACCUGGGGCCUGAUCGAGCAACUGCAAGCAGUGCUGACGGACCACAUCAGCGGCGCGGGGGCCCCGAGCGCCGGCGGGACCACGUUGACGACGGCGAACCACCUCACCUCGUCCCUCCAGGCACUAGGGAAGGUCAGCGCGGCCUUCCGGGCAGGGAAGAUGAAGGGUUCAUCUUCGGCGGUGUCGACGUCCACGGCGGCUCCUGGAGCCCCCGUGGUUGCUGCUAUGGGACCUCCUCCUACCAACAGUCAGGGUGUCCUGCUUCCUUCACCGCCAUCGACGGAGGACAAUCCGGCGACGGCAACGUCCGCGUCGACGGCACCGUAUUCCGUGGCGGGGAGGAGUUCGAUUGCGAGCGCGAAUACCGAAGGCAGCAGCCGGUCGGAUUGGGACAUGCAGAAUAUCCUGGGGCGGGUAUCGGAGGUGAUGUUGUUUCCGCGGUUGGAUCAGGAGUAG